CAGGUGAGAUUUUAGCUGUAGGCAAGCUGUUCUAGAACCUGGAGCUUCUGACAGCUACUGGAAUCCAAGCUGACUUAGGACAACAGGAUCCCACAGUAGGAAACAUCUGUAAUUUCCCGUAAUUUUCAAAAUGGACACAAUUGCAGCAGAGGGAAAUAAAUUAUGGGGUGGAAGAUUUGUUGGCAGCAUAGACCCCAUUAUGGAGAUGUUCAACUCUUCCGUGUCCUAUGACAAAAGGAUGUGGUCAGCAGACAUCAGAGGAAGUCAGGCUUACGUCAAGGGUUUGGAGAAAGCUGGCUUAGUGAACAAGUCUGAGAUGGAAGAAAUUGUGACUGGGCUCGAUAAGAUCCAUGGGGAAUGGUCUCAAGGAACCUUCGUUCUCAGUAAGGAUGAUGAAGACAUACACACAGCUAAUGAACGUCGCCUCAAGGAACUAAUUGGUGACACUGCAGGAAAACUCCAUACUGGAAGAAGUAGAAAUGAUCAGGUUGUCACAGAUAUGAGGUUGUGGCUGCGGGAUUCAUGCUCCACCUUAUGCAUCCAUUUAAUUCGUCUUAUUCGGACUAUGGUAGACAGAGCAGCCAUAGAAGUUGACAUACUUUUCCCAGGCUAUACACACAUGCAGAGAGCUCAGCCUAUUCGCUGGAGCCACUGGAUACUAAGCCACGCAGUUGCAUUAUGUAGAGAUGCUGAGAGGCUGGGAGAAAUAAAGAAGAGAAUCAAUGUGUUGCCGCUGGGAAGUGGUGCUAUAGCUGGAAACCCAUUAGGUGUGGACAGAGAACUCCUCCGCAGGGAACUGAAUUUUGACUCCCUCAGCCUGAACAGCAUGGACGCAACCAGUGAACGAGACUUCAUAGCGGAGUUCCUAUUUUGGGCAUCUCUGUGCAUGACUCACCUUAGUAAAAUGUCUGAAGAUCUUAUCAUCUACAGCACAAAGGAGUUCAGCUUUGUGACCCUAUCAGAUUCCUACAGUACUGGGAGUAGCUUGAUGCCUCAGAAGAAGAAUCCUGACAGUUUGGAAUUAAUACGCAGCAAAGCUGGACGUGUGUUUGGCAGAUGUUCUGGAUUUCUCAUGACACUUAAAGGACUUCCAAGCACUUACAAUAAGGAUUUACAGGAGGACAAAGAGGCUAUGUUUGAUGUCUGUGACACCAUAUCUGCUGUACUUCAGGUGGCUUCCGGGGUUAUUUCAACAUUACAGAUAAACAAAGAAGCUAUGGAGAAUGCUUUGAGUCCAGAUAUGCUGGCCACUGAUAUAGCCUAUUAUUUGGUCAAAAAAGGGAUGCCCUUCAGACAAGCUCAUGGACUGUCUGGUAAAGCUGUGCAACUCGCAGAAAGCAAGGGGAUUUCUGUCAAUAAACUCUCUUUGGAGGAUCUAAAAAGCAUCAGCUCUCUCUUCAGCAGUGACGUAUCCAAAGUGUGGAAUUACACCAAUAGUGUGGAGCAGUACACGGCGGCCGGAGGGACAGCAAAGAGCAGUGUGGUUGCUCAAGUUGAGCAGCUGAGAACCUGGAUGAAAAAUCACAAGGCAUAGAGGUUUCUGUGAAACGGCUAACUGAGAAACUGAAGAAAUACAUUUAGUGAUAUUGGCUCUACUUAGUUGGGGCCAUUACCAACUGUGCCUAUAAAAGCUAAUAAUGGAGUAGUUUAGGAUGGAUUGACAAUGUAUUAUAAUUACACAUUGACACUGCUCAAUAUCCUACGCUAUAUUGAAUUUUGUGCUCUUAGAGGUUAUAUGGCAAGUGACAAAAUGAGAAAAGAAAUUAAAUGCUCCAGUGAAAAUAAUUUUCCAUUAAAACUCUUAAUAAAA